GGAUUAGAGCGUGGGACUCUUUUCAAGAGCGCUCUCACUUGUGCGUGCUUUGCCUCCGUAUAGCCUUCCCUUCAUAGCCGCAGAAGGUUGAUCGCGAGUUCAGCUGCAGAGAUGGUGGCAGCCGACGCACUCCCACAAUAGGGGGUGAAUCGUUCGGUGUGGCGCUAGUGCUGCAGGUGGAACAUAUCGGUGGCAAGACUCAUCCUCGUCCUCGGUGCAGUUGUGGUCUGGCAGUGCUCAAUACCUCUAACGUUCAUCCUCCAUUUGGCGAGUCUUGUGUAUGAGCACCUGCGCGCCUCGGGGUAUCCCCGCGUAUAGGAGUGCAGAAUUCACAGAGCUGUACUCAUGCAGUCGGCGUAUGUCUGCCUGGCGGGCCGCAAGCCUGCUGUUCAGAGGGUUUGGGGCCUGAUGACGCGAGGAGGACUGAGACGUCCGGGUUGGAGCGGAUGGCAACAUAUUUAGUUUGUGUGAGGGACACCGAUGAAGUACGGUAUUGGACAUCGGGUGUUUAUAGCUCGUUGUGUUAUUCCAUCAUCAUUCCUCAUCCUCUAUUCGCCUUCCUCUUUACUAUAGUGUACACUAUACAUUUACUCCAGCGAGGAGUAUAUCAAGCCAUAGGCGAGCUGCCCCUGCCAACCACUCCACAUUUGUUGUUGUUGUCUCCCUUUCAUUAAACUUUCUUCUCUGUGUGUAGCACGCGACCUUCUUCGUCCUCUUCAGUAUAAUUGUUCCAUAGGCUGCUUGCCGUCUUCUUUCUUCUACCUGGCCCGUCGCGACGACAUGCUACGUUUUCCACUAUAAAAAAUUCGACUCCAGCCUCCUCACCCACCGAUAUCUAACCAAUUGUACCACCAAGCGCAAAACUUCUGCAGCUAUACUGACACGUAAUGCGGAAGCAAAAUCAGUUUAAACUCCAAUCACGAGCAAGAUGUGCUCGCAUAUAGAACAGUUCGCAUUGGCGCAGUCCCAGCGAUAUUGCUACGGCUGCGUGUCAGGAGUUUAUUUGGGUGCGACCAUUAGGUCAUGCCGUUAUCGGCAAAAUUUUUACGUGUGUGCGGGGACUGCCGAUGUUGGGUUGACAGUUGAAAAACGCUUGCUGUCCGGUCGCGGCGCACCUGGACAUCGUUGAGACUCGGUAGUUGCGCAACUGCACAACGAUGAACCUUAGAGUGAAAUGCUUCUGUCGCGGUCUCAAAGUGCUCGCGAUAAACGCAUUCCUACUGCUUGGCAUCGUGGGAAUUGUCCUGCUGACGACCGAUGGGAGAAAGCGACACGAGGAGCAACUCCUCCGCGCAGAAGGCAAUGGAAGCCUGGUCGUGCUGACGACCGCAGGCCCCGUCCAGGGCGUCGAGAUCACUGCGCAUGGCAGGACUCUGCACGCCUUUUAUGGCUUACCAUAUGCCGACCCUCCCGUAGGUGAGCGCCGGUUUCUGCACCCUGUGCGGAGGACGCCUUCCAUAACUGUCACCAUGGCGACCGAGAUGAGACCUGCCUGCCCGCAGGAGUCCUACUGGUUUAACACGGAAUAUGUCAACGCCUCAAGUUUUGACGAAGACUGCCUCCAUCUGAACCUCUGGACGCCCAGCGUCCGCGCCAACGAUGUGCUGCGCCCAGUCGUCGUGUAUUUCCACGGCGGGGGUUUCCAGAACGGCGGCAACAAUCUUCACAUCUACGAUGGCAGCCAUUUCUCCGCGCUGGGCGACGUCGUGGUCGUGGUGCCCAACUACAGGGUCAACGUGUUCGGUUUCUUGUACGUUGGCACCCCCGACGCCCCUGGAAACCAAGGCCUGUGGGACCAACGGCUCGCGCUGCUCUGGGUACGGGACAAUGCGCGCGCCUUCGGUGGGGACCCAGAACGCGUGACCUUGAUGGGCCAGAGUGCGGGAUCGAUCUCGGUCGGUUAUCACGUCCUAUCUCCGCUCACACGUCACCUAUUUCGGCGGGCCAUCAUGCAGAGCGGCACGCCCUUCUACAAGGUGGAAGAGAACCAAAUCACGGGACCAGAGAAGGCGCGGCGGAUGGCAGCCAGGCUCUGCGGGCCGCACCUCCUGCGGAGGCCCAUGGCACACGUGGUUGACUGCCUGCGGAACCAGACGACCCAGAAGCUCCUGGGCGCUGUCAAGAUGGUUCUGGGACUCAAGGCGUCGUCCUUUAUACCUGUAUCCGGGGACGACCUUCUGCCCAAGGACCCGCUGGUCACCAUGGCCAACGGCAGUGCGCCCCCGGUGGACCUGCUGAUAGGCGUGAACGAGAACGAGGGCACGUAUUUCCUGUACAAGUUGUACCAAACGAUGGGCAUCACCGACCCGUUCGUCAUGAGCAACAGGCAGCACGUGACCAUCGUGAAGUUACUAGUCAACUAUGCCCUCUGGGAGGCGCCAGAGGACCUCAUCGAGGGGUUACUGGCCAAUGUUAAAGAAGGGACGUCAACGCCAGACAUAGUUCGGCAUUUGGCCGAGGGGAUCGGGGACGUGGCAAUGCGCUGCCCGACGCUGUACUUCUCUGACUUCGUGCUGCGCCAGCGGGGCUCGCACCUCUACCACUACGAGUACGGCUACCGGCCGCUCAAGGGCAGCUUCUGGCCACCCUGGAUGGGCGUCACGCACUUCGACGAGUUCCCCUUCGUCUGGGGAUACGUGUUCGACCGGCCCGAGAUGGCCACGCCGCGCGACACAGAGUUCAGCCAGCUGCUGAUCGGCCUCUGGAGCUCGUUCGUCCACAAUGGCACCAUGCAGAAGGGGAAGACAUUGUGGCCGCCGAAUGAACGGCAGCUGACGAUGACCAUGCGGCUCGUGGAGCAACCCCGGGUGCAGAGUGCCGGACUGACACAAACGUGCACCGUGCUGCGCAAGUACAUCGUGCCCUACAGGCUGAACAACACGGCGCACACCGAAGCCUCCAUCUAGCGACGCACCGGGUGGGCGCAGGCGCGGCAACUCACCAACAGAGGGACACAGGGCGUGACUAUAAGGACGAGCCUCUGCACUGCGACGCCAUUUAAAAUAAAGGCAUACCAG